GUCGCGUCUCCGGAUUGUCGCGCGUUCAGAAAAGCUUCGUGAACUCGACUGAGCCCUCCACACACAGCAGAACGACAUCAAUCAGUACAAGGAACAACAUGGCCGAAGUCAACUCUGAGCUCAAUGAGCUUUUCGCUCCCCCAGGGAAGGAUCUCCCGGAAGCUCUGGUUAACGAAUUGGAAGCUAUCAUGCGCCUGCACUCUAUCGAUGCCCAGGAAAUGUUCUACAAGUGGGAAUCAUACAGCAUAAAGAUGGGCGCAGAGAACUCGACGCUAGAUUUGAAGACUGCGCGAGACUUCAAGAAAGAUCUGCAGGAUUCUCUAGAGAAAGAUGUACGCUCGAAGAAUCACGCCCGACAAGCAGAUAAAAGAGUGGUCGGUGCUACCCCACGAGCAGCUGCAAACUCAGACGUCUUUGGAAUGCUUGAUGGGCUUGUCGCGCAUACUCCACGUCCUGCUGCAAACAACACAAACGGCACCGUAAAGAGAAAGUCGAAUUUCGAGACACCCGGGUCUGAAGUCAACAAGACACACGCCGCGAGCUCCCCUGGAGAAUUCAAGACACCAAAUGAUGCCAAUGCUACAUUGAUUAAUUUUGCGGAUCGAGCAAAGAAAGCUGAAAUCGAACACACAAUUAACAGCCAUAUCGAGCUUCCUUCGAACGAGGAAGCACCCUUGGCUCCUCGAUUUGAGAUCAAGGCUCGUACCGAUAUGGCCAAGUUCGCGUACAAAACCAUGGCCAUGAAGCUUUCUGAGGCAUCAGAAGUCUUGGACGAUAGGAUAGACGAGUUUAUCGAUAUACUUACAGAGUCUGGUACCGUCAGCAGAGAUUCGAUCGGGAAUCCAACGAAUCAAAGCACAAGUGAGAUCGUGACUGUGGGACGUAUAGCGUCUGACUCAAGCGAAGGGCGUCUCAAUCAAUCGUCCCUGGUCCUCGAGACAUCUAGACGUACUGGAAGGGGCCUCCGAGUGCCCCUGCGAACUGGUAAUCUUCCUGAAUACGCAUUUUUUCCUGGCAAAAUAGUUGCCCUACGCGGGACUAACGCCUCAGGAGACUACUUUACUGUCUCCGAUAUCAUCCCUCUCCCUGUCCAAGUCGAAGCUGCAAGCCGUCCAGAUGAGGUGGAUGCUUUGAAUUCCCGCCUCUCAGGCCCUAUGGAUGAUAAUGCUGCCCCCCUGACCAUUAUCUCUGCAGCAGGCCCUUACACUACCGACUCAGACCUCGACUUCUCCACUCUCAGUACUCUUCUGGAAACAGCCCAAGCCAUCCAUGCCGAUGCCAUAAUUCUUCUUGGGCCGUUUCUAGACGCCGAGCACCCUCUGAUACGCACAGGUUCCUAUCCUCCUCCGCCGUCCGCUCCUGGCUCCGAAUCGCCCACCCUCGCAGACCUCUUCCGACAGCAUAUCAGCACCAAGAUUGCCGCCUUCACUUCUGCCAACCCAGCCUGUCAUGUAGUCCUGGUACCUUCUCUCCGUGAUGCUGUCUCUCGCCAUGCUGCAUGGCCACAGGAUCGUCUUCCAAAGAAGGAACUCGGACUACCCGCGAAACGAGUACACGCUGUCACGCACCCCAUGACACUCAGCAUGAAUGAAUUUCUGGUGGGCAUGAAUAGCCUAGAUGUGUUCGAUAUGAUUCGCAGAGAAGAAUGCGUUGGAGGUCGCGCGAAGGCAACUAAUAUUAUGGAACGGGCACCGCGGGCUGUCAUCGAGCAGCGGACAUUUUGCCCGAUCGUGCCGCCCACGGCACGUGAGAACAUGACUGCUGUGGGUGAGGUCAAGGAAAACUACACAGGGGAUGAGGUGCGUGAGCAGUUUCGUCCGGUUGGGGCGAUGCUUGAUACGAGUUAUGUCAAGCUGGGCGAGUUCAGUGGUGCGAAGCCUGAUAUGCUGAUUCAGCCGAGUGUCCUGCCUCCUUUUGCCCGGGUGGUGGAGAAUGUGCUCGUGAUCAACCCAGGGAGUAUGGCGAAGAGGAAGGCGUAUGGGACGUAUGCACGCAUUACGGUCAUGCCUAGGGAAUUGACAGAGGAGGAGAGGGAGAACGCGAGUACGGUACCGAAUAAGAUAUUCGAGAGGGCUCGUGUGGACAUUGUGCGAAUAUGACAUGGACAUGACUAUCUCUUGGGUAUUUGCGAAGUCCCUGAUCUUCUGGCGUUUGGGCUGCAUUGUUAUCGACACUUGUUCCUCCUCACGCCUCAGCGGGAUGUUACAAAGAUAAGAUCGUUCCGGGUGGUGCUAGUUACGAUUUGAGACAUGUAUAGAGAAUUGCAAAACUUUCGUGAUGUGGUAGAUAACGAGCGUGGAAUUCAAUGUUGAAGCUCCACCGUUGCUACAGAGUCGACGAGGGU